UGGACAAUUUUAAUCCCAAGUGUAGGAGUCUGAGGAACUCUUUCCCUCGGGGGGACGACGACAGAAAAUGCAGAGGCAACCGUCUAUAGAUGCUAAAUGUUGAGUGAGCUAUCUUUGACAAAAUAUUUGAAAUUAAUAACUUGUAAGGAAAUGAGAUCAUUAAAAGCCUUCACCCAAGUAUCCCGUUCUCUCGUCCGCUCACCGAGUUCCGCUGAAGAGAUGUUCGCUUCAGUGACUUUUGAUUGGAAUGAUCCAGGGUGCGUUAUAAAAGGACAUGUCGCUCACUGCUUCGCCUUCAGUGUGACUCUGAAUUCUGACGAAGGAUAAAGUGCUCUUUUCUCAGUCAUGUUCAAUCACUAAAAGACAAUUCCCCAGUGAAAGAACCAUUUUUGCUCCCAAGAGUGUUGAAGGAAGGAAAAAAAAAAGGAAUCUCAAUCUUUCUCCCAACAUCAAAGGCCAAAAAGAAAUGUUAGCUCUUCGUGUGAUUCUCCUGGCAUCUCUGUCCAUUUUCUGUGGAUUAUGUGUCAGUGCAGAGUACCAUGGUGAAUUUGGGAUGGGCAUUCCACCAUGGACCUACAGCAAUAUCCAGAAAAUUCAGAGUCUCGAGGAACGUAUCAACCAAUAUCGACGUUUUAUCAUUCAUCUCUUUGGAAAACUUUCCGGAUCGUGUGAUUUAUUGCGAAUCUUUGAGGAAUAUACCACCCCACAGUAUCUUGAUCACUCCCCGGACAUUCAACAUUUGCUAGAUAAACUCCAGCAACCACCUCAGAGCAACAAUAAUGCAGAAAAUCCCACUCCUGCUGACCCCAAAAAGAACCUCCUCGAAGUCCUGGAAAUCUACAUGGAUUUCACAGCCUACGUCCUCGACCCAGUGACCACAGAGGGCAUAGAGAGGAGCCUCAGAAGGAACUGUGCAAGCGAAAGUGAAUUCUCCAACAAUUCGGGCAGUGACAAACGCAGUGACGAGAAAGUUGUGGGAAAGAAGAUAAAAUUCCACUCAUGGGGUGGCAAGAGACAUCAAGGGAAUCUCGAGGGUGGCUACAGGAUUAUCACAAGGACCCCCUUCCAUUCAUGGGGCGGCAAAAGGGCCUACCCAUCAGACCCAGCACUCUACAACGACUUGUAUUAAAUUUCACACAUUUCCUGGUGUCCUCCGUAAAUAAGUGUAAAUUUGGAACGUCCUACUAAUAAAUAUCCAUGUAAAAUGAUUCUAGGAGCAAACUUACCAUUUUUA